AUGAUGUAUAUGGGAAAACUCACUGGAGCCUGUCUUCUCGCACUGGUGAUGGUAUUGCAAAUUGUAGAUUCCUUUCCCAACAGAAGCUGCAAAGAGUGCAAGCUCAAGGAGAACAAGUACUUUUCAAAGCCAGGAGCCCCGAUUUUCCAGUGUGCGGGCUGUUGCUUCUCCAGAGCUUAUCCUACCCCCCUGAGGUCCAAGAUGACAAUGGUCGUCCCCAAGAACAUAACGUCUGAGGCAACUUGCUGCGUAGCUAAAGAAGUUAAAACGCUCAUCGUGAUGGACAACACAAAACUAGAGAACCACACAGACUGUCACUGUAGUACCUGCUAUUACCAUAAGUUAUAGACCACAGGAAUGAGC